UCAGAAGGGUGAUGUAAAAAGUUCACAGUACAUUGUUGUCAGGUGCGGGUGAUGGUGAGGGAGAAGUAGGCUAGUACCACACGGUAAUCCGUUACAGUUGGAUUCCGUCCAUUAAGUUUAGGGUCAAGUUUGUCAAGUGAAAACAUCCACUAACAGGUUCGCACUCGGCUUGUGGGCUGGCUCGUCGCGUUUUAGAUGGCUAAUUUUCUCUUCGCGUCUUCCAGUGGAAGCGGUGUACUGUAGCGAACGCUCCCGUUGGCCAGCAGUGGUAGACGUCAGCAUCUUUCAUUGCUUCACCAUUACCUCUCGGCUUCUGGCGGUAAGAAGAAACAAGUGUAUCAACUAUCUGGACUAUACGCUGAAGUUGAGCGCAACCCGACCGUGUCCAUUGGCUGCAUUUAACAGCAACUGAGAAUCAACCAACGAAAACCGUGGAAAUAAACAGUCGCCUCUAGUAGCGAUUAACUUUUGCGCGAGGUAAAUUUCUUUUUGGGCACCUUAAUCUGGGUUUUGUUGCAUCAGUUUUUGCUACGCUGACUGUGGGUGCCUUGCGUGUCCAAGCACAGAGACGCCACGCGUUGGAGAUAUUAAAGGAUGGCAGUGGCAUUCGCAUUUCUGACGCAGUUGUUCUUGUGUUUGAUCAACACCGAGCUGUGGACAGCGGCAUCAGAGCGAACGGCGAAAAGUGCUCUGGACAGCGACGAGUCGCCAGUUCACCAACCCACUGACGCCUCUGCUCUGGAUAUGGUUUCAGUACACAUGUACAGACUUUAUGACAAAUACAACCGAGAACUCAACCGCCCGAGAGAUGGAAAUACUGUCAGGAGUUUCAAGGCUAACCCAGAAAUCGUGGAGCAGAAGAUCUUGUACCAUUUCAACCUGACCUCCAUGCAGGACUCCGAGGUCACGCUCGCCGCGACCUUCCACUUCUUCUUCGACAAGCGUCCGAGGCAGCAGAGGUCGGGGCUCUGCAAGCGCUUCAGGAGUCCCGCCUGCCGCCUCCAGCACCUCCACCAGCCCCCCUCCCUGCGCCUCCUCUUUCGAGGGGCGUCCCCCAACGCGGCGCUGGGGCCGCUGCUGGGGAACGUCACCGCGUUCCCCCACCGGCGGGGAGACUGGCAGGUGAAGGACGUGACGCAGGUCGUCAAGGGCGCCCGGGCUGACGGCCAGCUUUUGAUGACGGCCGAGUUCGAUUUUGGCGGGAAGCACCCGAGGUACCGGGAGCGCCCGUCGCCGCACAGCCUGCCGUACGUGCUGGUGUACGCCAACGACCUGUCCAUAUCCGAGCCCAACAGCGUGGCGGCCACCUUGCAGAGGUACGACCCGUCCCCGGGGAAGGAGGAGCAGGAGGAGGGGGAGGAGGAGGAGGAGCCCGCGCCUCCCGCCAACUCGUCCCCCGGCCCGCGAGUCAGACGGGACGCGGGCUCCCGGGACCCCAUCCAGAACAACGAGCUCCCGGAGGUGGUGGAGUACCGCGCGUUUAAGGACCAGGAGCUGUGGGACAGCACCUACUUGCCGCAGAAGCCCAAGCCCGCGAGGAAGGAGCGGAGGCGCAAGGGCCAGGAGAACGGCGACGGGCCGGGCGGGUCCCAAAUCCUCCGCUUCGACGAGAGGACGAUGAAGAAGGCCCGGCGGAGGCAGGGGAACGAGCCGCGCCUCUGCUCCAGGAGGUACCUCAAGGUGGACUUCGCCGACAUCGGCUGGAGCGAGUGGGUCCUCUCCCCCAAAUCGUUCGACAGUUACUACUGCGCCGGGACCUGCGAAUUCCCCAUGUCCAAGGUCGUCCGGCCGUCCAAUCACGCGACCAUCCAGAGCAUCGUGAGGGCGGUGGGGAUCGUCCCGGGGGUUCCGGGACCCUGCUGUGUUCCCGACAAGAUGAGCCCCCUGAGCGUGCUGUUCCUGGACGAGAACAAAAACGCCGUGUUGAAGAUUUACCCCGGCAUGUCAGUGGAGACGUGUGCCUGCAGAUAAGAAUGUUUCCAAAAAAAAGAAAGAAAAGGAAAAAGAAAAAAAAAGAAAGAAAAGAGGGGAAAAAAGAGACAGUGGGAUUUGGAUGUAUAGACCACUGGCGGAAAUGGCGACUUUUUUCACCAGGAGCCGAACCAAUCAGCAGGCAGCCCGUAUUCAGCCAAGCCAAGGACUGAGGCUAUACACAAACUUAUAAACUGCAAAUUUGUUGAAGUUCUUGCCCUUUUUGCUUUCUGGACCAGAGGUUGCCCGCCAUUUCUCAGUUCAGAAUUCUCUUUCAGUUCACUAUGUGUACGUUAUAACAUUGCGGUUUACUUCAAGAGCUGGUUUAUACAUUUAAUGAGCAAGUGUUAAAUGCGUUGCAAUUUGGCUACUAUUGGGUCAUUUACUAUUUUUUUAAAAACGGAAUGAGAAACAAACAGAAAGAUUUCGGGCUUUGUGAUUUUAAACGGCACUUGGGUUAGCAGGCAAGGGUGUGGUUGUCAUUACCGUGAAAAUUUUAACAUAAAAUCCAGGCAGCAAAUCUGAAUAUCCAAGAUAAAUAGUUUUUACACUUUAAUUUAAAGACAGUUUCAGAGUAAUAGUUGGAAUGCUUAUUCCCAAUUUACUAACUAUGAAUAUGUGUUUUUAAUUAUCGUUUAAUGUAUGUAUUAUCUGUUUGACACCAGUAAAUAUAGUAAUUUAAGGAAAGGUCAAAGGUAUUUUUGGCUGAAAAAUGCAAUGAAACCACAAUCAUACCUUUGGCUUCUACCAUCCCAUUGGCUCAUUGCAGAGUGAGAAAUAAACUCUAAUAUCAGUGAUAUCAAAAAUUUAGUCAGUUCUGUGAUUUAUUUUUUUAAGUCAGAAAAGUCAAGAAAAUUGUUUUGUUAAUUUAAAGUUGCCCAAAAGUUUUUAUUCACACUGUGCAUAUCGUAUACAGUAUAUUUCAUUGUGGGUUUGCUUGUUUUGUUCUGCAGAACAUUAUCUACUGUGUCACUACUAAAAGUAUCAUAUUUGAAGAAAAUAAAAUUAUUAUUGAGGUGGUCAGAACUGAAAGUAGGUCUACAGCUGUUUAAUUUUAAUUUUUAAAACUAUUUUAAUGUUCACAAUAUGGUACUCUGUCUAUGAAAUGAAAUAUUUUUCUAUACGUGCGUGUUUGUAUUUUACCUGUUGCAAUUUGCAAAUAUAUUUAGCAGCUGGUGUGUCUGAAGCUCUGUAAAUGUUUUUGUUUUAAAUUAUGAAGUAGUCAUUAGUUCAAGAAUAAAACUUAAA